UCUCUCUCUCAGUACGAGUACAGUAAACCGUGUUGGCAGGCUAAUGGGCUAACAAUAAGAUAUUAUAACUGAAUCUAAGCGUAUUGGCUGCGUUUUCAAUGGAUAAACAGCAGUUACCAAAAUCGGAGGAUGAAGAAUUCAGAAUUCCUCUCUCCUCUGUGCGUCUCCUGGUUCCUCCUCUGCGCCUCAUGUCUGCCUUCAUGUGGCAGGUCCUGCAGCAGAAACACCUAGUUCACUAUGGAAAACUGGAGGAGUUCGUCUCUAUGGUUACGGAGACAGUGCCACACCUGCUGACUUACAGACAAAGAGUUCAGCUCAUCCUGGGACUCAGGGCGCGGAUGAUCUUCGAGUUGCUACACAAGCCUGAAGAUAUGAAACUUGUCCAGGUCCACUUGGACAGAAUGAGACUUCCUGACAUUCCACCUGGAUGCCCUGUAGACAUAGAUUCAGAUUUGGAGCUCUGUGUUUCCAACUUCAAGGCACUUGUCCAUGCACUGUUAAAGGAUCCUGUAGAAAAAGCCUAUUUCUUUCAGGAGGUGUUUCCUGUGGAAUAUGGCUCACGGUACGACACAGCGCUGAAGGAACUGAUGUGGGAGCUGCUGUCGUGUCUGGAGAAGCUCUUUCCUGUUCCAGACUUUAAAAAGACUUUAUCUUGGCUCACUCCUGCCCCUGCUGAUCUGGAUGAAUGCAUGCAGUCUGAACCCAAACACCUGAAAGCACUCUUUCAGCAUCACAAAGUCAUCAGCAACACAGAGAAUCAAAACUGGGCCAGAGGUUCCACAUUAGGUAGUCUUCCUGCUACCUCAGGGGACUGUAUAAUUUCAUCGCUUUCCAUUCCUCCAUCGACACACAUGGCGGUCACCACUGAACCCAUGGUCUAUCACAUCCAGCCGACUGCCGUGACCAUCCUGAGCCAGAGCGCUCUUGGGCAGUUGGGCUCCGAGGCCAUCAUUGUGACCGAUUACACUGAGGUCGAGCUGGGCGGUGAUGAAGUAGCUGAAGAAUCUCCGGGCAGGUGCAUUGAGAUGCACACCGAGAAUGCCUCUGUGGUGGCGGUCCUCAGCGGCCAAACUGCUGUAAAGGAAGGGGAAAUGAUUACUGUGAAAGAACACGUCGAACUUCCCAAAGACCCGGAGAACAAUAGUGAGGAGGAGAGACGCGUUUGUGAAAAAUCUACACAAUAUGAUGUCAGCGAAAGAGAGACUGGUCCCAGCACCACGGUGGAUGUCCCAAAACAUGACAUUACACAUAAUAAGGAUACAAGCUCGGCUUUAACAAGCAAGGAGCAAGCAGUACCAGUGCGAAGGGGGCGGGGAAGACCGAGGAAGAGCGCGGUGUCACCUGAGGUGGUUCAGAACGGGAGACAAGGGAAACAACUCGUAGCGGAAAAAGCCGCAGAGAAGAAGACAAAUGAAGAUGUUGAAGAAACAACAGACGAAAAUACCAAGACAGCCGAUACCACACACAAUGGUAUGGACACCGAGGUCUCACCUGACAAUUUAAGCCCACCAGGAACCCACAAAGCUGAGACAUCAGGAAAUCCUCGCGCUCGUCACGUGUGUAACACAUGUGGCCGCAAGUUCACCCGCACGUCCGAUGUCCGUCGGCACCAGUUGACUCACACGGGCGAGCGUCCGUUCCGUUGUGCUCACUGUGAGAAGACGUUCCAGCAUUCGUGGGACCUGACUAAGCACUGCCGCAAGUUUCACGGCCAAGCCACGUUCUCUUGCAGCCUCUGUCCGAGCCAGUUCAUCAAUUAUCGGGCCCUGACUGCUCACCACAAGGAGUGCCAUACCUGUGAGCUUCCCCACUACUGCUCCAUCUGCGGCCAGGCCAGUCCCAACGCGGCCGCUCUUGUGCAGCAUCGGAAAACGCAUAGCGCCACUCAGCAGUAUCUUUGCGAACAGUGCGGUGAAGGUUUUGACACUUUAUUGCAGCGCUCAGUCCACAGACAGAGCCACCGAAUGCUCAGGAAGUUUAAAUGCCCGCAGUGUGACAAUACAUACUCGCGGCAGGCCGACGUCAAGCGUCAUCUUUUGAGUCAUACGGGUGAGCGACCGCAUCAGUGCAACCUGUGUGGAAAAAGCUUCACGCUCCGAACCGGCCUCCAAAAACACCAGCUCACUCAUACAAGUGAAAGGCCUUUUCCCUGCCCUCACUGUCCCAAGGCGUUCAACCUGCUCUCUAUCAUGCGUCGACACGAACGCAUGCACACAGGAGAGCGCCCGUUCCUGUGCUCGCAAUGUGGCAAGCGCUUCCUGUCGCUUGGAGAGCUCCUCAAGCAUGACAAGUCGCACACGGACACCAGGCCGCACUUGUGCAGCCAGUGCCAGAAGAGCUUCAAGUCCAAGCGGUCCUUGCGGGAACACAUCCUCAGCCACAGUGGAACGCGCCCGUAUCCCUGCAACUACUGCAACAAGAAGUUCUCUAAGCCUUCCACCUUGAACCGGCACCAUUUGAUGCACACAGGUGAGCGACCCUUUGCAUGCUCGUACUGCGAGAAAACCUUCCUGACAUCAACAGAGUUGGCUUUGCACAAGCGUGGGCACACCGGAGAGCGGCCCUACGUCUGCCCAGAUUGCCCCUGGAAGUUUCGGAGCUCCUCAGAGUUGGCACGUCACAGGCGCACGCACGGCCAGAAGAGGGCAUACCCUUGCAGCUACUGUCACAAAAUAUACACUAGCACAUCUAAAUUGAAAAACCAUAUGCGAAUGCACACAGUGGAGGACAACACAAAGUGCCCUGAAGACAUCAGCCAUACAGUGGAAGUCCGAGAGUCCACGCUGACGGAGGGUGAAGUGGCAGAUACACUUUCGUGACAGACUUGGAUGAAAUGUAAUAAUGUGAACAUAAUUAUAUGAUUAUGGAACAUUGAGUAGACUCCGAGACCUUGUGUACAGCAUUCGCUAUGUAAUGCAGAUUAAACUGAAUAUCUUAUACAAAGUCCAAUCUGGCAAAAAGGCUGUCCACAUGUUCGGUCUAUUUAAGCUCCUAACACUCCUAACUGUUUUUCUUUGGCGCUUUAGUAACUAAACUAUGAGGUGUGUAAGAAUUUACAAUUGGAAAAAAACAACAAUGUUUUCAUGGGUGGUUUGCUACAUUCAGAAAUACAGAAUAUGUCAGGGUUUAUUUUUUUAUUUCUUUUCAUAAGUUCUUUUGCUUGGGCUGUACAGUUCUGAAUAAAGAUAAUUAUGGGUA